UUCAAAAAAGAAAACAGAGUUAGGAACACAGACGAAACACAGGAAGAACAGAGUAGAACGGAGAGAGAGAGAGAGAGUGCGACAGAGAGGAGACAUAGAGGAAAGAGAAGGCUUCGUCUUAUCCAUAUCUCACUUCCUCUCUUUCUCUCACUUACUGUCCACCAUCUUCACCAAUUUCAAAGCUCCAUUAGCCAAUCACCUGAUUCUUCAGUUUAAUAAUUCAACAACCUUUUCCUUCCCCAACUCUUUCUUCCUCUCUCUCUCUCCUCUUCUCUGUUCUGCUUUUCUGUAGAUAAGGUUGCAGUUUUGCAGAGAUAUUUCCACUCCACUGUCUCUGUUUUUCCACCCUAAAAUAAUAAAAAGCCCUCCUUUGCACGUCUGCUGUAAUAAAUCCCCAUGCGUUGGGAGCUACUCAGCAGAAUUAUCCAUUCGAUCAUUCAAUUUUCGAUAUUGUUCAACUCCUCUUCUUCAUGGAAGAAGAAUUUGAUGAAGAGGAGAUUUGGGCUAUGGUGAGAGAGACAAAAGAUGAUUCCUUGAAGACCAGAAAGCUCAAAGAUGGCUCCUUUUUCUCUUCCAUGAAAGCCUCCUCUGCAUCCAGGAAGAUACCGAGAUCAAAUAAUACAGUUGGUGAAGACAACAGCAGUAGUACAGCACUGAUUCGGCAAUCUGCACCUGUUACAAUUCCCAACUGGUCUAAAAUCUUCAAAAGAAGCGAAACAGAAGAUGAAGAAGAAGAUGAGGAAGAAGACAGAGUUCCUCCUCAUGAGUGGAUUGCGAAGAAGCUGGAGAGGAAUCAAAUCUCCUCUUUCUCUGUUUGUGAAGGGGAAGGAAGAACACUUAAAGGCAGGGAUCAACGUAAAGUCAGGAAUGCAGUUCUUACCAGAACUGGAUUCUUAGAGUAAAGCUUUUCAUUAGCAGUAUUAAUGGCGACUUUUGUUGCAUGUUUUUUUUUGCUGUAAAUUAUUGUCUUUUGUUCUGUGAUCUAAGUUUUUUUUCUCUGAUUUCUUCGUUUCCAGGCAGGGGUGAGAUGAUUUUGUUCGGGUAAUUUGGCUUAAUAUAACGGAUUAGUGUGUUAAUUAAUCGAUUGGAAUCCUAACAGUUUUGAAUGAUUUCUAUUUUA